AAACGAGAGUCAGCAUUUAAUGAUUGGUUAAUUUAUAUUUUUCAUACGAACGGGACGAAUAUAACCUCUAUUAUAAUAUGACGUUCGCUUGUAAAGUACGUGGUUGUUUAUCAGAUCAAAAUACGAAAAUCGACGGUCGAGAAAUAUCAUUAUUUGCUUUUCCAGAAGAUGACACGAGACGUCAGCAAUGGAUCAAAAACUGUAGAUUAGUUCUUAAUUCCUGCGAUGGAAAUGAUUCUUUAUAUGUUUGUGAAUUACAUUUUGAAAAAAAUUAUUUUACCGCAUCGAAUGAAUUGAAAACAAAUGCAAUACCAACUAUUUUUCGCAAUGGUGAAGAUCUGCAAAGAAAACGAAAAGCUGAAAAUAAUGAACAAGUGGAAUCUUCAAAGAUCUUACCAUCGAAGCAAAAAAAUUUAGAUGAUGAUUCUCAUAGCUUGGUAACACCCCCACAAAGCCCAUUUACACAAUUAGGAGAAAACAUUGAAGAAUCGAAUUUAGAAAAUAAAACUAAUGCAUUCAAGGAACCAGUAAAUGGUACUGAUCCAACUACAUCCACGCCAUAUAAAGAAAUGGAUAUUGGAAAAAAUAUAUAUCGUUUAACAAUACAGAUAGAAAAAAUACAAGCAGAGCCAGAAUCAGACACUAAGGAGCCAGUAAUAUUAUCUAAUCAGGAAGUAGAAGAUUUUGCUAUUUCGAAUAAUGAGAUGCUAAUAUUCAAGGAUGAACCAGAAAUGAACGAUGAACCUCCAGCCGAAAAAAUGGUAAAAAUUAGUAAAGUAAAAAAACCACCAUGUAUCAAAGGAGGAUGCAAAUUAAAAAAGGCCAUGUAUGGAACGAAACCGGCAUUCCAAUGCGAGGAAUGUAACAAAUAUUAUGUUAUGAAGAAAUGUAACGCGCAAAUAGAGAAAACCAAUGUUUGUUCCGUAUGUCAGAAGUCUUUUGCAUCGCCGCAAUCACUGUACCUUCAUGUUAAAAAACAUUUUGUUUGUGAUAUGUGCCUGACCGAAUGCAGUUCGCGAAUGUCAUUUGAUAAACAUGCUAAGUCACAUGUAAGCACUGAUCCUUUAUUUCCUUACAAAUGUCACAGAUGUUUUGAAAUAUUUGAUACCAAAGACGAAAUAAGGAAUCACUACGUUCUUAUGCAUCCUUCGAUAAAACUCGAAGGUAUUGGCAGAGCAAAAGUAUCGCCUGUAACGGUUCAAGUACCUCAGCAAGAAUAUUUAUGUCCAACAUGUAAUAUUACUUUUAGAAACGAGCAUGCAUAUAGAAAUCAUGUUAAUUGUCAUACACAGAAAGAAGGAAUACGUUGCAACAUAGCUGAGCCAAGUAAUAUAAUAUCUGUACCAACACCAUUAACUGGCGGUCAAAUAGGUAUUUUGCGAGCUGUGACGUUCAGUUGUAGAGUAUGUUCGAAAGAAUUUGAUAACGUUGCUGAAGUCGAUCAACACACGAGAACUCAUUUGGAGAAUGCGGAAGAACAUAAGUGUAAUAUUUGCAAGAAAAUGUUUAAGACUAGUGCGCAACUAAAUGAACACUUGAAGCACCAUCUAUCGCGUGCACAUCCAUGUCCCAUAUGCCCUAAAGCAUUUAUCAAUAGAACUACUUUGAAAAUACAUUUGAAAACGCAUGGUGAUUCAUAAUUUAUAUCGACUAUUUGUGUUUUUUUUUUCUCCCUGAAAUACUAAAGCUAAAGGAACUCUAAUUCAAAUAAAUCUACCGUAAACUGGUGCGAUAGAAUUUAUCAAUUUUAAAGGUGUCUGUACAGUAAUAUCACAAUUGUAGGUAUAUUUUAAUCAUAUGUUCAUAUAAGCCAUUAAAUAUUGUGUACAAAGUUUUUUAAUUGUUGAAUCGAUUUUACAAAUAUGAUUAUAUAUAUAUAUAAACACACACACACACACACACACACAUACGCAUAUACUAUGUAAAUAUAAAAUUGUAGGUAAUGGUUUCAACGGAUACAUACUGUAAAUUUUAUUUGCACAUCUGAUAAGAAAUUAAACUAUUUAAUUAAAUUUUGUUUAUUUCAAAAAGAAGUCAAUUGAAUCGAGAUACAAUAUGUAUGAUCUGUUUUAUUGCUUUUGAUUAUACGUUAGAUCAUAUUUAUUCAUAAGAAUUGGUAUAUAUAUAUAUAUAUAUAUUUCAAUGAAAUAGAAAAAUUUGGGAGUUUAUAAAAUGGACGAGAUAAAUUCAAAACAAUAUUGUUAUUGUAAUAAUAAAUGUUUGCACUUUUUCCACAAGAAUACGUGAAUGAUGUAUAUAGAAGAAAUCUGAAAGAUCAUUAAAAUGAUCCUUGGAAAGAUCUAUAUCUUAGUCUCAAUGAAAUGUUCAAACUUGUAGUAGAGUUAGAAUAGAGUAGAGGAGAGAAAAGAAGAGAAUUUGCGAUUCUUUUUUUUUUUAGAAAUAUUCGAAUGUCAAUGAUGGAAAAAGACGUAGUACUCUCUCAGCGAAAAGGACGGCUGCUCGAAUGAACAAUAAUCUUACAAACAGCGGAAUACCUUUGAGAUCACCCCACUACUCCUUGACUUGUGACUUGAAGAAUAAUACUGAUUUUACCCAAAGGACGUUCCGAAGAGUCACUGGGCGGAGAAACGAGAGCGAAAGAGGAAAAAAAGAAGCCGACGAGAGAUCACGAGCCGAACACAAUUGUCGGCGGACUACUUCAAACGUUCACCGUUCCUCAAUAUGUUUAUUUGCUCAACGUCAAAUUUACUUCUGAAAAAGAAGAGGGAUUUCGAAUCGAUCGGUCGUACUCUGUAUUUAUCUUAAAAAAAAAAAAAAAGAAAAAAAAAGAAAAAAAAUAAAUAAAUAAAUAAAAAAUAAAAAGGCGAUAUCUUUGAAACAUUGCGCACAAAACGUUUCGAAAACUUUCCAAGGACAUGUAAUUAUGUAAGUACACAAUUAAUUACAACAAUAAAUAUCUUGCUUUUUUUAA